UGCAGGGUGCAGCAGGUCCUGGUGGUGGCGGUGGCGGCGGCCCUCAUCACUGUCGCAGUCGCCUCGCGGUGGUGAUCGCUGGUGUGGUGUGUCGGUGUCGGAGGUGAUGCGGCUCUGGCUCGCGCGGUGGUGGAGGGCCUGCGCCGAUACAUGGUCACCCUGUCGAGGGGGAGAGCCACUUCAAGAGAGACUUGUCGCUAUCUAAAAAAAGUGUCUUGACCACGACCCACCCAACCCCCUCUUGUCGACCUCGUUUCCCCCCUUUUGCAACACUUAUGGUGCCUUUUGUAAGAGUGUUAGUCACUCUGGCUUUACAUGUACAGGAAAUUAAUUGGUGAUUUUUCUCGCGUAACUCAGCCGAGCCUCGACCUCAGUGCAUGGCCCUCGGUAACAAAAGUGCAGUGAACAAAGUAUAGUUGCUGUGUGGUGGUGAAGAGUUUUCGUGCCGGCGGUAACAGUCCAAGCAGUCUGUCCCAAGGUGGGGACAGGUGUUAUCUGAGUCAUCUCUGAGAGUGUGUGUGGGGUUAUCGUAAGCCCAAACCCCCACCAACAGCCAUCCCCGAGGAACAAAGAUAUUAAAGCUUGUGUGUGCGUGUGUGUGUGUCGGCGGGCCACAGACAGGAUUUAUUCAGCACUAACCUCUGUUAUCUCCCGCCUGAUACGACAUGGACCGAAAGUCCCUGCCUCCGAGCGUGAUUCCACAGCAGGCAAAGGACCAUCCGUCCCUUCGCGGGACACCACUGGCGAUGCUCGCCGCACAGUGCAACAAACUGACCAGCAAGAGUCCGCCGCCCUUAGCAGACGCCGCCGUGGGCAAGGGAUUCCACCCGUGGAAGAAGAGUCCGGUCGGGACAGCGCCGGGGUCGGGGGGCGGAGCCUCUGGCGUGGGCACGGGGCAGAGGUCAGGCCCCGCCUCCGUGGCCAGUGGUGGUCACGGGACAGCCUCUUCGUCCACCAGUUACCAGCGUCCAGCCGUGACGACCAGUGCGACCUGCUCCUAUCCCCAGCCCUCCGACUUGUACUUUCCCGCUGCGUCCGCGUCCGGAGGUCAGACGGACUCUGCCCAGGCGGCGCUCUUGUCCAAGGUUGACGGGUCUUCACACAUCCCCGCCAUGAGCUCUAUGUACUCCCGGGUGGCGGGUGUCACACACCCCUACGAGUCGUGGCCCUUCAACAGCAUGGCCGGGGCCGCCUCGGCCAUCAAGCCCGAAGUGUCCGCGGUCAACUCGCUCAACACGACCAGCUGGUGGGAUGUGCAUAGUGCGGCUGCGGCCUCCGCUGGCUCGUGGCUCGACAUGUCCGGCGCCACGUCCGCCGGCCUGACCGGGGUGGCCGGCAUGUCCCAGAUGGCUAACUACCCGGCCAGCGACUACUCCACGCUCUCCCACACGCUGGCCGCCUCCAACACGGCACACCUCCUGUCCUCAGGCCAGCACUUGUUGCAGGACACGUACAAAUCUAUGCUCCCCACGCAGGGGAUGGCUCCCGCCAUGGGCUCCCCCUUCGGCCUGGGCCAGCCCACCUUGCCACAGGUACCCUCUCCACGCUCCCAGCGGCGGUACACGGGGCGAGCCACCUGCGACUGCCCCAACUGCCAGGAAGCUGACCGUCUGGGGCCAGCUGGGGCACAUCUCCGGAAAAGGAACAUCCACUCGUGCCAUAUCCCGGGCUGCGGAAAGGUCUACGGCAAGACGUCCCACCUGAAGGCGCAUCUCCGCUGGCACACUGGUGAGCGCCCUUUCGUUUGCAACUGGCUUUUUUGCGGGAAAAGGUUCACGCGCUCAGAUGAACUACAGCGUCAUCUCCGAACCCACACAGGUGAGAAGCGGUUUGCGUGUCCUGUGUGCAACAAGCGGUUCAUGCGGUCGGACCAUCUGAGCAAGCACGUCAAGACCCACAACGCCUGCAGCGCCGGCAAGAAGAACAGCGACGGCAGCGAGUGCGACAGCGAGAACAGCCAGAGCGAGCCGCCCUCCGUGUCCUCUCCUGCCUCCAUCAGCACGCCGCCCAUCAACACGCCCACCACGCCCACUGCCCAGGCGAUGAGUCCGCCCGCGCCAGACCUCAAGCCCAUUGUGUGAGGGGACUGGAUCGUGGGCGGCCUCAUGACCUCUCCAGGCUCCUCCCAGCAGCGGCUGCAACGCCCAGCGCCUCUCGGCCGCAUGGGCGGGCAGGCAGCUUCAGCAGCAGGGUGUGGAGGGGCGCCUGCCGUGGGCUGCUCACCCCCUUUGUGAUAGUGGGCGUCCCCGCGGCGCCCGUGGUGGUGGAGCGUGGGUGUCCCAGGCCGGGUGCUGGGCACGUUCCGGCUGCCAGGCCUGGGUGCCAGGCUGGGUACGGCAAGCAUGCCUGCCCCACCACUCACCGCGUCAGCAUGUGCCAAAUCUUGCGCCCCUCUUGAGCCCCCGUGUAAAGUGUCUAUAGUGUUUACUUAUGUAAGGUGACUCUUAAACUAACUAUGAUAAUGGGCAUUUGUACCAGUGUUUGUCAGUGUAUAGGUCCAUCUCUUUAUUUCUUUAUGUUGAUAUACAAUAACACAUUUUAUUUUUACACACUUUGUAUUUUAUUAACUCCACCUUACGUUGCACUAACGAGGUCGUCCAGUACCGACACAGUGUCAUAUAAAGUCCCAAGGCAGUUCCCGAGUGCCUCACACGCCUGUGAUCUCGGUCAGUGUGGCGUGUGUGUGACCCCGGAGGGCGGGCGUGCCCCCCUCCCCCUCGUCGACUUUCUUGUGUCCCUUCUCCGCCCACCUCAAGGCCGAGAGCCUGUGCUGAAAGGUAGGCCUAUGUGAAACAACUUUAUUCAAGGUGUGUUGUGUGCUUGGUGACGCUACAAUCAUCUACUGUUAUUUCUUUGUGAUUGCUAAGGUUAGGCGAAUUGUAUAUGUUACCCACUUUGAUCAUGAUUUUACUGUUAUGUGUAUCGUAUAUGUCUUCUCUGGUUUGUCGUUGUAAAGUACUCAUCUUGGUGAGAAAUGUAUAAAAUGAAGAAAAAUACCAAUAUAUGUGAUACAAAUAUUGCCUUAUAGAAUAAAAUCAGAUAAAAUGAAA